AUGUCAAUCACGCAAGAAACACUUCAUCUCAUUGUCAAUCCCGUAUCAGGACAUGGUAAAGGUGCUGAGUUCGCUGAUCAAACAAUCGUUCCUAUCCUCAAACAUCUCUCAAUACCUCAUCGGAUCUACACGACCACCUCACCGGGAGAUGCGGGGGAUAUCGGUGACAAGAUACUUUCUUCUCAAACUGUGGAGGGAGGUACUUUGAAAGUAGGUAUUGUAGGCGGAGAUGGCACGUUUCAUGAGUUCAUGGAAGGUGAAGGCGUUAGUGAUGGCCGAGUGAGAUGGGAUGUAAUCUUAUUCCCACUUGGUACAGCAAAUGCCUUGUACUCAUCACUUUUUCCGCCUUCUUCGACCUCCUCAUCCCUCCAAUCCUACAAAUCCCUAAUUGACUCUCUACCUUCCCCUCCUCACUCUGAAGGAACCCUCUACAAUCUCUUGUCGCUCUUCUCCUUCCUCACCAAGACAACUCCAGUAUACCUACCUAUCACUCAAACGACACUGUCUUCACCAGCUGGUGCUGUUGAGGAACUUCGCUCUCAUGUCGUAUUAUCAACCUCUUUACACGCAGCUAUACUAGAAGAUUCAGAGAGACUACGGGAGGGUCAUCCAGGAACAGAGAGAUUCAAAAUUGCAGCUCAACAAAAUGCUUCAAAGUUAUUCUAUGCCAGUGUCACCUUACAAUCGCGAUCCAACGUAGAGGUCGAACAGUGGGAUCCAAGAAAGGGAGAUUGGGUUUUACCAUAUACCAUCAAGAACACCAGUCAACCAUCACAAACAGAAUCUACGAUUGGAGGUCCAUUCUCGUACUUUCUGACUACCUCUACGGUAGAUAGGCUAGAGCCUCAAUUCGUCAUUUCACCUUUAACCACUUUAAAUCAAGAUCAAAACCAAGGCUAUAUAUACAUCACGAUCAUUCGACCUUCCAGAGAUCGUUUCAUCUCCCAAGCUAAACCCGAAGAGAGGAAGGAUAAAUUGACGAAGAGGGCUUUCGAAGUAGUCGGCCAAGCUUACUCAAGUGGAAAUCAUGUGAAUCUUACUCUUCCCUUGGAAGACGAAGUGAAAAGUUUCGAAUUGGAGAAUAAAGGUAAAGGCGAACCUGUUGUAGAAGUAUUCAGAUGUGCUUCUUUUCAAUGGAUACCCUCAGGUGAUAAAGGGAAGGUAGAGGGGCUGGAAAAUGGGAAUGAAAGGCUGGUAUGUGCUGAUGGAGCUUUACAUACUAUUCCCCAAGGUGGAUUGGCCAAGAUCAAGGUGCAAGAUAAGAAAGAUGGGAAAGGUUUCUAUGUGUUUGCGUAA